GCCCCCUCGCUCGCUCCUUCCCGCCCUCCCCGCAGCGCCGGCCGAGCCGGCUUCCCUCGGUCUCUCAUGAAUAUUGAGCGGCCCCUGUUGUAUUUCCCGAGCUCCAUUGCGGAAGCCGAGGCUCGCCAUAUUGUGCGGCGGCGCCGGCGGCUGCGGCGGCUACUACCUGAGUCUCGCUCCGGCCGCGGCCAGCGGAGCCCCGGGCUGGGGCAGGAGUAGCAAUGUCUCAGGCUGUGCAGACGAAUGGAACUCAGCCUUUAAGCAAAACAUGGGAACUCAGUUUGUAUGAAUUGCAGCGAACACCUCAGGAGGCAAUAACAGAUGGCUUGGAAAUCGUGGUUUCACCUCGAAGUCUACACAGUGAAUUAAUGUGUCCAAUUUGUUUGGAUAUGUUGAAGAACACCAUGACUACAAAGGAGUGUUUACAUCGUUUUUGUGCAGACUGCAUUAUCACAGCUCUCAGAAGUGGCAACAAAGAAUGUCCUACCUGUCGUAAAAAACUAGUUUCGAAAAGAUCACUAAGGCCAGACCCAAACUUUGAUGCCCUCAUCAGCAAAAUUUAUCCAAGUCGUGAUGAGUAUGAAGCUCACCAAGAAAGAGUAUUAGCCAGGAUUAACAAGCACAAUAAUCAGCAAGCACUGAGUCACAGCAUUGAGGAAGGACUGAAGAUACAGGCCAUGAACAGACUACAGCGUGGCAAAAAACAACAGAUUGAAAAUGGUAGUGGAGCAGAAGAUAAUGGUGAUAGUUCACACUGCAGUAAUGCAUCCACACACAGCAAUCAGGAAGCAGGACCUAGUAACAAACGGACCAAAACUUCUGACGACUCUGGGCUUGAGCUUGAUAAUAACAAUGCAACAGUGGCAAUUGAUCCAGUCAUGGAUGGUGCUAGUGAAAUUGAGCUAGUGUUCAGGCCUCAUCCCACACUUAUGGAAAAAGAUGACAGUGCACAGACAAGGUACAUAAAGACUUCAGGUAAUGCUACUGUUGAUCACUUAUCCAAGUACCUGGCUGUGAGGCUUGCUUUAGAAGAACUUCGAAGCAAAGGCGAAUCAAACCAGAUGAACCUUGAUACAGCCAGUGAGAAGCAGUAUACCAUUUACAUAGCAACAGCUAAUGGCCAGUUCACUGUAUUAAAUGGCUCAUUUUCUUUGGAAUUGGUCAGUGAGAAAUACUGGAAAGUGAACAAACCAAUGGAACUUUAUUAUGCACCCACAAAAGAGCACAAAUGAGCUUUUAUGAAAAGCAAUUCUGAAAAUGAACCUUUUUAUAACCUCGUUCUUUAAUAUUAAAAGAUGGCACCAUCAUUCAUUUUAUGGACAGAAUCUUUGAUAUAACGUUUUCUUUCUGAGCCAGUCUAGUUUACACUAUUAGAAUCUUUUCCCCUUAAUUUAAAAUUUCCUGUUGGAAAGGGACUGUGAUUACUCAGUACUUUUUUAUUUCCUUUGAAAAAGUCUAAGUUGUGUUUUUUUCAAAGUGUGGUUCCAUUUUUGAGGACUCUUGGCCCAGGAAUUUUUCAUAGUUCUGUAUUCUGAAGUGAAAAUCCAGGUCUCCUUCUACCCCAAUGUUUUUUAGGCCUUCCUUCAGAAUGUAUUCUGUAUUCUGAUAUGUAUUCUGACUUUUUUCCUCCCAGAGUCUUGUAUAUUUAUAGUUUUCUAUAUAAACAAUAGGAUCUUAAUGAAGACCAAGACUCAAAUUUACUGUGCUUAAAAAAUGAUUCUCAUAGGAUUAUUAUUUUCAUGGUAUUUUCUUCCAUAAUAUCUCAUUUUAAGAAGAGGUUCUUUAUGAAGUUAGUGUCCAUUGUCAUGCAAUGUUAUUUUCAUUUUUUUUUUUUUUUCUGGUACUCAUUUUGGAAUUUCUGAUCCUGGGGAAGAGAAUCAAAACUUCAGGUUCUAUAAGAACUUGAUGCUUAAACAGAUUUCACUGAAGAAAGGAAAAUUAAAUUGGUCAUUUGUAGUCUUCAAAUAUAUAUUUAAAGAGUGUUUUUUUUUAAAGUACUAGUUCUAUUGUCACUUCAGUUAUUAUGUGUCUUUGAUACUUUUGCCUCUUGAAAUACCAGAGAUAUGGAGAUAUUUUGCACUUUAGCCUGAUGAAAAGUACAAGAUAUGUUCAGUGCUUCCC